UCAUGGGUGGGUGAUCUUGGUGCCGCUUGGCACUCACAUGUCAGUUUGUUUAGAUCACUGAUGCUGUCGUUCACAAACACGUUCGGGCGGCAAACAAUUUUUCCGAUAUUUUUAAAGCAGAUUUUAUUUAGAGGCGGUGCUCCAGAAUAACGUCGUGUCGAAACGCCACUUUUCCACUACACCAGUCAAAAGUGUUUGACCACGAGCAGAGUUGGAGUCGGGGGUCGACUGGAUAGGGGGGGCGAUUGUUGUUUUCAUUGCAGUUUUUGCUUUUAUUUUCAUUUCAUUUUUAUAUUUUCGUCUCGGAUUUCCCCCCAAUUUUGUGUCCACAUAAGGAUUUCUUUCGGAUCAUGAACAAACUAUACAUCGGGAAUCUGAGCCCCUCAGUCACCGUCGAGGACUUGAAGCAGCUCUUUGGCGAGAGGAAGCUUCCCCUGACCGACCAGGUUCUGCUCAAAUCCGGCUAUGCCUUUGUGGAUUCCCCUGACCAGAAUUGGGCCAUAAAGGCGAUUGAGACUUUGUCAGGAAAAGUUGAAUUACACGGGAAGGUGAUUGAGGUAGACUACUCUGUACCCAAAAAACUAAGGAGUCGGAAGAUUCAGAUUCGGAACAUUCCUCCACACCUACAGUGGGAGGUUUUGGAUGGCCUGUUAGCACAGUACGGUACCGUAGAGAACGUGGAACAAGUUAACACUGACACGGAAACAGCAGUAGUGAACGUCACGUACGCAACCAAGGAGGAAGCUAAAGCGGCGAUCGAGAAGUUGACAGGACACCAGUUUGAGGAAUACUCCUUCAGGGUGUCGUACAUCCUGGACGUAGACGCGGCCCCGUCCCCCCAGACCCCACGGGCGCGGCGAGCAGGCCGGCCGCAGCGGGACCAGGAUGGCCCCCAGCCGGGCCCCUCGGGAGGCCUCGGGGGCCCCCGGCACCAGCAGCAGGACUUCCCUCUGCGCAUGCUCGUCCCCACGCAGUUUGUGGGGGCUAUCAUCGGCAAAGAGGGGCUCACCAUCAAGAAUGUCACCAAACAGACCCAGUCCAAAGUGGACAUACAUCGGAAGGAGAAUGCGGGUGCGGCGGAGAAACCCGUCACCAUCCACUCCACGCCGGAGGGCUGCUCCUCAGCCUGCCGCAUGAUCCUGGACAUCAUGCAGAAGGAGGCCAACGAGACCAAGGUAGCUGAACAGAUUCCUUUGAAAAUCCUGGCGCACAACAGUCUGGUUGGGAGGCUUAUUGGGAAGGAGGGUCGCAACCUGAAGAAGAUCGAGCAAGAUACAGGGACCAAAAUCACCAUCUCCUCUUUACAGGACUUAACCAUUUACAACCCAGAGCGGACCAUCACGGUGAAGGGCAGCAUUCAGGCCUGCUGCAAAGCUGAAGAGGACAUCACGAGGAAGCUGAGGGAAGCCUACGAGAAUGACCUUGCUGCUCAACAAGCCAACCUUAUCCCGGGGCUGAACCUGAACGCGCUGGGCAUCUUUUCCACGGGCCUGUCGGUUCUGACUCCCUCAGCAGCGGGACCACGCGGGGCAGCCUCCACACCCCCGACUGGCUACGGUGCCUAUCUGAGUCACUCCUCACACCUGGGCAGGCUGUACGGAGUCCCUCCUGCCAGUGCCGUGUCCCACCAGCACGCAGCUCUGGAACAGGAAGUGGUCUACCUCUUUAUUCCAACUCAGGCCGUUGGCGCGCUCAUUGGAAAGAAGGGCCAGCACAUCAAGCAGCUGGCUCGCUUUGCUGGAGCCUCCAUAAAGAUCGCCCCGGCGGAAAGCCUGGACGUGCCUGAGCGAAUGGUCAUAAUCACAGGGCCCCCUGAAGCACAGUUUAAGGCUCAGGGCCGGAUAUUUGGGAAGCUGAAAGAGGAGAACUUCUUCACGGCAAAGGAGGAAGUGAAGCUGGAGACGCACAUCAAAGUGCCCUCUACCGCGGCCGGACGCAUCAUCGGCAAGGGUGGCAAGACGGUCAAUGAGCUGCAGAACCUCACCAGCGCCGAGGUCAUUGUACCCAGGGACCAAACUCCAGAUGAAAAUGAUGAGGUUUUUGUUAAGAUUAUCGGGCAUUUCUUUGCCAACCAGACUGCACAGCGGAAGAUCAGGGAGAUCAUUCAACAGGUCAAACAGCAGGAACAAAAACACAAGCAGGGAGCUCCCUCGCCGCACCACUCCAAGUGACCAGCAGGGCGGCGCCAGUGAGCACCAGCUGAGGAAUGUAGCCUUUCCGACCGGGAGGAGAGGAGGCAGAACGGGAAGGCGGCGCUGGGAACCAAACCAAAGAACUUCACUUGUGGAAUGUGUGAGCCAAAGGCUAGAGGACUUCCUGUGCACUGCCAACGCAGUGGAAACUGGAGAACGCUGACACAAGUGACAUUUUUAAAAACGCAAGCAAAAGACUAAAAGCGAAAAAGAAAUUAUUCGGAGAAAGUUUUCUGUAGUGCCGUGAGAUGCUGCCGCAGUAGUUGGAGUAACAUAGGCCUAACAGAAGCAGACUAAAAGUCAUACUAAAUGUAAUUGGAUUUCAUGACAACGUGGGGAACGGGGAGGACUUUUAAAAGCAAAGGCAUUGACAUUCAGAUUGUAGGUUUUGAUAACCUUAGCAGUAUUAAUAUAUAUUAGGAAGAAUAAUAGGCUAUAUAUUAAACAAAGGUAGGAUGGAGGGUGAUUAUUAUCAUACUGCAGGUGAAAAAAAGGCUGUUUAGACGUGAACCUCAGCAUUUAAUCACAGGCAAUAGCAAAGGGUACUGCCAAACACAAUUUGAACACGACUUUUAUGCAUUUACAUUUGAAUGUUUUAAGAAAACAAACAAGCAGAAAAAGCGCUAACAAAUCGAAAAUCAUUGAAAUAUUUUGAAUCUUUCUUUGUUGUCACUUAACCUCAGGCGUUCCGACACCAGGGCCAUCCCUGGCAAAUGUUUUUGUGACAUUUUCUCCUUUUGCCCUGUGUGUUUCUGCUUUCAUCCUGACCAACCUUUUCUUCACCUGGAUUUAAAAAAACGUUUAUUAACCAUUCAUUAAUCGGCAGCAUUUGGGCAUUGAGAUGACUUCUAGUUCAGCCAUUAGGAUAAGGAAGAAAGAUACAUGGCAAAGAAUAAGCAGGUACUAAUCCUACUAUUAAUCCAGUGUAUACGUAAGUGUAGUCUGAGGAAAUUCAGUCUGGAAGCUGUUUUCAAAUUGACUGCCAAGAGAGGGAGAUUUAUUUAACAAAGAAGCCAACAAUAACCACAAAGAACAACCGCUGUUAAACUAACAUCUUAACAUAGUGCACCUUUUAUUUGUUGAGAAGUAGCCAAGAGCCAUAGGUUCAUUUUAAUAGAAUGUGCACCACAUUUUUGCCUUAUGCUGAGUCUUGGAGUAAGAUAGAGUGAGAUAAACUGUGACGGAAGGGCCUGGUUGGCUCUGUGUUUAUGAAAUUGAACAGUGAAGCACUCUGUGAGCUGUGGCACGCACACACACACACACACACACACACACACACACACUCAUUGAAUUUAGGCAUCGACUUGGUGCCGGUGUAUCGAUUCUUGUGACAUCCCAAACACACAGGCACACACAUACUCACACACAGAGCUGCGUUUGGCUUUAAGUCUCUCCUUCACAGAGCUAACAGAAAUGACAUCACAGCUGUGAAUGUUUGACACAUAGCCUUUUUCAAACCGAAUGGCUAAAAUGUGUAAAGUUUAGCCAUUCAGUUGCCCAGUGCUCUUAUGGUGCUCUUGGUAGCAGCUUGAUGGAAGUACAGGUAACUUUGUCAUUGCUUCUGUGCUUAAUUUCAGUUGCCAUGGAAGCACAGAGCAGAAAAAUCCAAUUCUGAAACAUCAGUCACAUCUGCUGUGUUUCCAAGUUUUCAAAUUCAGGGCCAAAAACACAGCGUGUGUGUUUGUGUCUCUGCGUGCACACGUGUCGACAUGCGUGCUUGAAUGUAUGUAUAUGUGUGCACCGUGUGUGCGUGUGUGGGUGUACUUGCUCGAAUGUAUGUAUUUGUAGGUUUUGUGUGUGUAUGCGCGCGUGCGUAUAAAAUUAAAGAAAUAUUUAUGAAUACAUUUUUCCUACUUUGUCAUGAAAAUAUAGUGGCAAGAAAAAAAAGCGAAACAAAAUUCCCUUUGUUUAAAAAACAAAAACAAAACGAAGAUGCUUUGUUUGGUGGGACACUGCCAUGUUAUACUGAAGGGAAGCGUUUUACAUUGAAAAUGUGAACAAGGGUAAUAAUUGUACUGAAUCAGGUGAACGAACAGACGGUGGCGUUACUUUGGUGUGGGUGUGCGGCGUGCGCAUAUGAGCUUUGUGAUCUACCUACCUCAGGCAUCAGGGUACCUCAGUUCAUUCUUUCAUUUCCCUUCUUACACAUUUUAUAUGCCUUGUAAAACUGAUAGUUUUGAUCAUUGUUUUAUUUUUUUAAAUAAAAAUAGGGAAUAAGAAAAAAUAAUAAAUCUAAACUUUUAAAGUCCAACUUACUUUUUUUAGCAGUCUAAGUAUUUGAAACUGUACAUUUAUUGGGCUCCUUUUUUUGAAUGGACCCCUUUUAAGAUUUUAAUAUUAUAAUAAUAAUUAGCUAUGAUUAUUACAGUUUUGAAAAUAAUUGGGAGACUGUGAACGGGUACAUGCCUGCUUGGUGGGGUUCUGCGUGAAGAUACAGUGUACUCAUUUCAAUAAACAUUACAUCAACGAAGAAAGAAAUGCUAUUACUGAUCACAAAGGCAAUAGACAGUGUUGUUUACUGAAAACUGUAAAAUAUACAUUAAAUGAACAUAUGGUUUUAUGUGUAGCAAAGAGAUUUGAGAGCUGGUAAGACCAGCCUCUUUCAGAAAUGAUAUGCUCUGGGAAAAGGAGAGCAGCUGCAGAAGCACAUAGAAAGGCUCUUAGUUUUUAUGUACAGUGUAGAGUGUGACAUCAUUAAUAGGCUAGUCUGUGGGCCAUCACUGUACAGGAGGAAGAAACUGUUAACUGUUGCUAAAAGUGUACAGUAGAGUCACUAGUGCAUUGAUUUUCCUCUCUUCAGUAACUGUGUUCAUCGACUUACACUUGUAUCCUUUGGGACUGUGGUUCUGUCUUUUGUACUUUUUCUGUACUCUACACGUUUAAAUCUAGACUUAUGUCUUGUCUUUAACCUCCUACACUAUUCUGCUGUGCUGUAACAAUUUUAAUUACCUCUCAGAAACAAAGGCCAAUUCACUUUUAGAAUGAAUGAAUCAACGCACAGAGAGGCCACAGUUUCAGAAAAUGAGAAAGCAAAGGCCUAUGUGUCUUACAGUAUAGUGUCAGAUCUGUACAGACCAGUGGCGACACCAGUGUUGGGAUUUGCUCUCAAUCCUACAAAGUGCAGACUCCCUUUAUUUGAACUUCAGUUAUGAUGGUACAUUAGCAAAGGGUCUAACUAUAUGGUUCAGCAAUUUUUAAAUUGCAUUUUGCUGUCCCUUGAGGACUGUAUGGGCUAUGCAAGCUCAAAAUUCACUGUUCUGUUUUGUCCCUAUAGGCAAAAUGAGAAGAAAUCAAAUGCACUUGUAUGACAAUGUUUCAAAAUGGUGUAUACUGUCCAGUGACUGUCACAAACACCACACUCCUUGUCACAUUCAACAAGACAGUCCUCUUAGAAUGGAAAAAUUUGGGUCAUCACAGAUGUGGACAUGUUGUUCCCACACAGUGGAAACACUGGAGAUGUCAGUUUUCACUCAACAGAACACAUCUGGCCCAAUCUUAUUUUACAAGAUUUAUGACUUUCAAAUAACACAUCUAACUGAAUUAGCUGUGGAAAUCUCGCUACUCAGAAAUUUCCACUGAUCUGAUUAAACACUUGUAAUACAAGUGGUUUCUUUCCCAAACAGGAACUGGGUGACAGAUUUGAAUAAUUAUACAACAGAGAAUCGAUGCAAACCUUGCUUAACAACACGGCCAAGCCAUGCAGUAUGCAUGAGAUUUCUGCAGUCUGCGAGUAUGCAAGGGAAACUCCCACUCCAGGGUAUCUUAUUUUUCUCUGUCAAGGACUCUUAAGGCUGUGCUGUUUUUUAAAGAGUGUUUCUCUGUUUCAAAGGGAUUUCAUAGAUAAAAUUUCAACUUAUUUCACACAAAGUGAUCAGCUCAGUCUCAUUCCAACAAGGUGAGCUGCUUUAGUAAAUGGCUGUGGUUGUUAGAUUUAAAAGCAUUUGGGUGGAGUUUUUGUGAUGGUCCUGUCCCCAACCCCACCCAAAAGGAUUUAUUGUUUUUUGUAGCUUUGUACAGUUAAUGAUUUUAUAACUUUUCCAGUGCAAAAAUAUUCAUCGAUCAUUUCCAGAAACGCCUAACUGACAUAUCGUAGGUGAAAUUAAUUUCUAUUUUCCUGCAAACACUAACCUUUUGGCCACUUUGCUAAUUGGAUUCCAUAAAUAAUUGUCAUCUUCAACAAGUUUCUAUCAUAGUGUGUGGUGCAACACGCAUUGUCUGUUCACUCAAAGCUGUCAUUGAGUCUUUUAAAAGACUAAAAAAAUCACAGUCACUCAGCAGCCUUGAGCGGUCAAUUCUCUGGCCUCACUGAGGGAGCCAAUAUUAACGGGGAUAUCCUACUUCACAGACCUGGUACUUGCAGAGUAGAGCAUGGACAUUUGUAUGAUGGCUUUGGGUGAGGGUGGGACGUAUCGAAAGUGACGUGAAUAUCAAGCCAGGGACUUACUAGAUUCUAGGUUUUUUCAUGUUUUAAUGGAAGCUGUCUCCUGCAUGGAUGGCUGUGGUGGGAAGCGGUCUAUAGCAGGGUCUGAAGCCUUGUCCAUCUAUUAACAAUACUGCUUAUCUGUAAUUCUAUGGACUACACAUUGAAAGGUAGUGGGUACAUUUCAGUUUUUGGCAUGGCACUGUUUGUUUGGUAAAAUUCACUAUCUGCUGGUUUUGACUGAACAGUGUUAGACAAUGGGGACCUGCCUUGUGUACAAGACUCCAGAUCUCAACGAAUUGCAUUUUAUUGAGCUUUUAAACUCUGACCUUGAUUUGACAUUGGUUUUGUAUGCACUGAAAAAAUUUUCUUACAACCUUAUGUGGAUUGUUAGAAGUAUGUUUGUUACAACAGCUUGGAUAGAAUUAAGGUGUUUCUGUGGAUUAUUUAAAUUCCUUAACUGAAUUAGAUUUACAAGCAAGCCUUCUGCUUAAGAGUAAUCAGUUGUUCAAUGAUGUGAAUUAAUUAUCCCAGCAAUUAGGCUUAACUGAUACAGUUGCAUCAAUUUGCAGAUAGAUGUUCACAAAUAUACAUAGAAAAAAAUUUAAUAACAGCCUCACAUAAUUUGUAGGCUAAAUACCAAGAUGUCAAAUAAAAAUCAGUACGCAGUUUUGCCUCAAUAAAAUGAAGAUAUUGGAGCAUUUGACUGCAUCUUCAAAGCAAAAGCUCUGUUAAAAGCUGUUAAAAGCUCUACAAUUUGGCCAUUGGGCCUGACUGAGCGUUGAGCUGGAGAGAGAAGCCACAAUGGGAGGUGGACCCCAGGUGUGAAGUGACGUUCUGACUUAAAGAACACUGAACUAGCUUCUCCUUGUGCUGUUGGAUGAAGUAGUGGCAGAUGUUGCUUGGCAACUGUCAUAGGUUGUAAAAAUAUGUUCUUGCAUAUCACACGUCUAGUUUAGAUUUUUCACAGUAGAAUCUCACCACUGGAGUUUCUUUUGUUGUUUUGGGCAUCCUGGGUCAGACUCCCAGUUCACUGAUUUAUCAUGUAUGGCCAUGGAGGAAACUGUGGAGGAGGACCAUUGUGCUGGAUUAAGGGGAUCCUUACCUCUCUGGUCACAAAUGCUGUGCUGUUGUUUUGAAUUGUGGAUGAACUGUACUGCUGACCAACCGUGAUAUGAGCAAUAAAGAAAGUCUUCAAAACGA